GACCUUGCUUGUAGCGUUUUUUGCAGCAUGCCGUAACCACACCCGAUGCUGUUGAGGCGUUGAGCGCCGGAGCACGGGUCAUCGUGGGCCUUAUUGAUUCCCAGUUCAUUUAGUCGUCUUGAAAAUCUGCGCACUAAUGCCUUGUAGUCGUUUGCAUCUGUAGGGCUCCCCGCGAGGAGUACAGACACUGAAAUCGCUGGAGGCCCAGCUCAGUUGCGGAGCGGCCGGCUGCAUCGCCAUUAACUUUGCAGCAUGUGUGACUGCUGGUAUCAAGAUAGUUCGGGAGCCGGAGCUGGUGCUGCGUGCUUUUUGGCAGCCAAAUAGCGCGAAAUGCCCGCCUUGACGAGUUCAUGAGCAGAUACAUACGUUGAUAUGUCAACAGUAGAUAAACUGUCAUACGGGCUGCGCGAGGGCCCAGUGGACGGCCUUCUGGAUGCGCACCCGCUCGGCUUGCCUCUGGCGCCGCUCCGGCACCUCGCUGGCAGCUUGUGUGAUGCCUUGCAUGAGUUGCAUUCAUCAGGCCAAUCAGCGGGAGCUGGCUUGGACCCACACAGGGUGACGUUAACGGCGGCCGGGGUCGUGCGGAUCACCCCAGCUGCACCUCCCAAUGCUGGUUACGCCGCCGCCCCCACCACCGCGCCAGCAGCCGGUGGCGGCUCCGGCGGGCACAGCGGCUUUGGUGCCAGCGUCAUCCAGAGCGGCGGCAGUAGCAGCAUCGGCGGCGCAGGGUCGGGCUGGUGCCGACCGCCGGAAUGGCUGUUGGAGCACCUAACGGCCCAAGGCGGCGGCGGCGGUGCCGCCGCCGCCGGAAUGGCACACGCGGCCGCCCACAGCGCUCAGCACCCCCUGCCGCCCCCUCACGCACACUCCAACCCACAUCAGCCUCAGUCACUCACGCACGCGGAUCCGCAUGGGCACCGCGCGAAGGAGGCCGCGGCCGCAGACGUGUUCUCACUGGGCUGCCUGCUCGCGGAGCUCGCCACCGGCCAGCCGCCCUUCCCUGGCCCCUCGCCGGAGCAGCAGCUCCGCCGCAUGGCCCGACUCCUGGGGCCGCUACAGCCGCUACAGCCGCUACAACCUGAUCCGCAAGCAGCAGCAGCAGCGGCAGCAGCAGCGAGCAGUGGCAAGGCUGGUGGCGGUGGUGGCGGGGCUAGAGCUGCAGGCGGUGCUGCUGCCGCAAGCAAGGCCAUGAGGCCGCCUCAGCGGCAGCGGCAGCCACUGCCGCUGCUGCGCGAGUGGCUCACACGGCACUGCAACGACGCGGCCGCGGCGGCCGGCGCCACCGCUGGCGCAGCCGCCAGCGGCUCUGCAACGUUGGCGACGGGGAGUGCGGCGGCGGCGGGGACUGAGCUGGGUGCGCUUAUAGAGUGGCUGGCUGCCUGCCUGCAGCCCGACCCACACCUGCGGCCCAGCGUACAGGAGCUGAAGGAAAUGCCAUGGCUGGCGGAAGCACCCGCUGCGGCUGAUGCGGCUGCUGCGGAUGUAGCGGCUGCUGCGGCUGUAGCGGCUGCUGCGGCGCCUGCUAGUGCUGCAGCUGUAGCGGCUGUAGCUGUGGCUCCUGCCGUGGCUGCAGCGAGGGAUGUCGCGGCUGUGGCGCGGGCAAGCAGUGGGCAGGCAGGGGUCGCAGGCAGUGCGCACAGCUCAGGAGGCGCGGCCGCGGCCGUAUCGGGCUCUGUGGCAGGAGGCUCCGGCGGAGGUGUGGGAUCCGGGCCGCAGCCGCCACUGGUCUUGGAGCCUGCGCCCGGUGCCGGCGUGGGGCUGGGCGCCGGCAAUGGCAGCAGCAGGCGGGCGUUGCUGCAGCAGCGCAGCGGUCUUGGCGGCGUUGGCGCUGGCGGCAGUAGCGGGGGCGGUGUUGCUGUUGGCGGCAGUAGUGGUGCUGGCCAGAUGGCUGCUGGCACCUCUGAAGCUGUGGCCUCCACAGCAGGCCACUCGAGGCUGCAGCCGCACCCGCCAGCAGUCGGCAGCGUCGCGUCGUCUGACGCGCACCAGGCGCAGCACCAGCACCACCAGCAACAGCACCUGCAACAGCAGCAGCACCUGCAACAGCAUUUGCAGAGCCGCUCACAUAAGCAGCUGCAGCUACAGCCGCUGCUGCCGCUGGAACCGCUGCAGCCCUCGCCGCCUUUAUCCGCGUCACAAUACUCGCCUCCGCACCUGCAGCACCAGCAGGAAGCCUCACCGUCGGGUGUGCUGGCCACCGCUGUGACCUCCCCGGGGGGCGCGGCGGCGGCGGCCGCCAGCGGCGCUCACGCUGUCGGCACGCCUCCCUCAGGCGCAGUUUCCGGCGGCGCCGCUCCUGCUGCUGCUCCUGCUCCUGCUGGCGGCGGCGGCAGCGCUGGCGGCACCGGGCAAUCGCUCCUUGGCGCGCGGCAGUUUGCAUCGGACAAAACACUUCAGCCCGCACAGCAUGCGCAGCACACGGUGCGGAGCCUGUCCAGUCCCGUCUCCGGCUCCACCGCAACCCAUGCAGCCACAGCACAGCCGCCGCCGGCAGCGGCGGCGGCGCUCUCGCCACACGCGACGUCUGCGGCUAGGCUGAUGGCGACAACGACCGCAGCGGCGGCGGCGGCGGCGGCGGUGGUGGCAUCGGCUGCCGUAGCCGGCGUGGCGGCGGAGCCGCCGCCGUACGCCCAACGGGUACGGCCGCGUGCGGCACGUGCUUCGGAAGGUGCCGUAGAUCUGCCGUCGUACAGCCAGCUGCGUCCGUACGGCACAGCGACGGGCCGCGCUGCGUCAACCGCCAUCAGCAGUACGGCACAUACGACCAAUGGUGCCGUCGGCGGAGGAAGCGGCGGGUUUGCCUCCGGGAGCGGCGUGUUUGCGGGUCGGCACGGCGACAGACGUGCUUCCGUCAUCACGCCACAGGAGCUGCAAACCAUUGGCGGCGCCGCCGCCGUGAGUGGUGUCGGUGCCGCAGGGGGCAGCAGCAUCAACGCCAGGCGCAGCAACCACGCCCACCGUUUCAGCGGGACGGGCAGUAGCAGCGCCAACGGCCUACCUGCCCCGGGGUCCCUGUCUCCUCCCGUUGCCGGCUUCUACGAGCGCGCGUCAGUUGGAGUGGUCUCUGGCAGGACCGGCGGCGGUGGCGCCGCCACCACCGGUGGUGCUGGCCGUGCCACCGCUUGGGAUCAGGCCUCUAUCGACGUCGCAGCUGAGGGCAUGGGUCCAAGUUCCGGUCCGGGCUUCGGCGUGGGCGCGAACGGAUUAAGCAGCGGCGAUGGCGACGGUGGCACUGCCGGCAAGCAAAAGCUGCGACGCGCGAUUACGCCCGGCUCCCUGUUUGGCUUUGGGCCUCAGUCAACCACAUCUCGGCGGCAACAGCAGCAACAACAACAGCAUAGUCAUUACCCGGCAGGAUCAGCGGGUGGGCCGCACGGCAACGCUGGCGGCGGAAACAGCGGCGGAGCGAGUGGUCCGUCGUCCUGUGGGCUCGGUGGCGGCAGCGGCCGUGGCGGAAGUGGCAGCGGCGGCGCCAGCCGGUCGCUUCCAGGCGGCGAGCCGUUUGCAGCUGCCGGCGGCGUGGCGGCGGCUGCCGCGGCAACGGCGGCGCUCACUUCCUCGCUGUUCCCACGCGCUGGCGGCAGCGGCGUGUCACCCCUUCCCUCGCCCUCGCCCCGCCGCGGCCCGCUGCCGCUGCAAGGCACGUCCCCGCCAGCGACACGCCACGGCGGCGUCACCGAGCUGCGCUCUGCGCUGGCGGCGCCGCCGCUACCGUCCCUGGCGGCCCGGCGUCAGCUGCCGUCGCCGCCGCAGCCCCUGCUCCUGCCGGAGAUCAUGGGAGCCGGCGGCGGCGCCGCUGGUGACAUCGGCGCCGCCGCCGUAUUGACGCCAGGUAGUGCCGGCGCCAGCUUCCUCCGUCAGGAGAACAUGCCUUCACCGCCGUCGGCAUCGCGGCCGGACUCCUUGCGGGCCAGCGCCGCCGCUGAGGAUGCCGCCGCCAUGGCCGCGGCAGCCGCGGCGGCGCUGCCUGCCGUCAACGACGCCGCCACCAGAGGCGGCCAGGGCGCACACGCGCACAGCAGCCAACGGCCGCUGUCCGUCGCCAACGGUUGCGGCGAUGGCGGCGCCGCCAGCGGUGUCGGCAGCGGCGGCGGCGGUACGGCACACGGCCUGGCGGCGGAGCAGUCGUACGGCAUCGCGCCGCAGCCGCCGGGGCACGUGGCGUCGCCGCCGGGAUUCGACGCCGGCCGCAACGGCAACGGCGGCGGCGGCGGCGGUGGGCUGGAGAGCAGCGUAUCUGAGAACGCCAUGCUGGCUGGCGCGCUUCACAGCGAAAGCGAGGGUGAGGAUGAUGUGUACGACGACGGCAGCGACCUGCUCAGCACCAAAGGUCGGCGCAGGGGCGUCCUCCCGGGGCAGCCGGCGGUAGGAACAGCAGCAACGGCGGUCGCUGCGGGUGCUGCAACAGCGAGGGCGUACGGCGUCCGCGGUGCCGCCAGCGGCGGCCGUGCCGGCGGCGGUGGCGGCGGCACGGGAGGGCACACGAGUGUGUCGGAGCCGGGCUGCUCGAUAGAGGCCGUGCUGGCGGCGGCGGCGGAUGCCCUGGCGCGGCCGCAGCAGCCCCCGUUGCUUUUGGCGAUGCAGCAGCAGGCGGAGCUGACACAAAGCCAGCGAAGCCGCCAGACCUACCACGAGCAGCAGCAGCAACAACAACAACAUCAGCCGCUCUAUCCGCCCACGUCGCAUCCACUUACGCAGCUGGGGUCGGCUUCCGCCUCCCACCGCGCCCUCCGCCCCUCUAGCAGCCGCGCCCCGCCCGUGGGCGGCAGCGUGAGUCAGAACGGCGGGCUGGGCUCAGCCGCCGCUGGCGGCGGCACUGGCGGCGGCGCCGCCGGCACCAUCAGCGCCAGCGGCGGCACACGCCAAGCCACGGGGUUGGCCGCGCCCGUCCGCGACCCACUGCCCCGCCUCAUCAACGUCCUGCAACGAGAGCUCACAGCCAAGCAGCACCACCCAACCGCCAACCUCCAACCGCACGGUGGCUUAGCCAGGCAACUUUCCGGCGGCGCGCUACCCCCCAACCUGCACUCGCCGGUGACGCACCAGCACCUGACAAGCGCGGCUGUGGCGGCGGCCGCCGGCGCCGGCGCCACCGCCGCCGCCAUGGCGGCGGCUCAGCGGCGCUCGCCCAUGGGUCACCAGCGAGCCGCAGACUACGAAAGCUUCGCCGCCUUCGCCGCGGCGUCAGAUGAUUCCUCCAUUAGUCACAACCACUCGCAAAUCGGCAUCGGCGUGGUUUCGGUGACUGGCUGGGCGCCGGGCGCGGCGGCGGCCGCCGCCGCCGCAGCGGCGGCUGGAGAGGACGACGGCGUCGGGACCCGCAUCCUGCCGCUGCAUGACUCAGUCAUGACCCAUCGCAGCGAGCGGCGCCCAAUGGUGAGCGCCGGCGGCGCUGCUAGCAGCGGCGGCGGCGCCGUCACCACAGACCCCGACGGCGGCGCGUCGGAGCGAACCAGCCCGAAUGGGUCCGUGCCGAUGACGGGAGGAGGCGGCGCAGGUGGUGCCGGGGAGCCAGCGGCGGGCGCCGUCAGGGGACUGGCGCAGCGUGCGAGGGAGCGGCUGCGGCGGUACUUCUCCGAGGAUGGCGGCGGGGCUGGGGCUGGGGCUGGGGUUGGGGCUGGGGGUGGGGGCGGGGCUGGGUCUGGCGCCUAUGAAGGAAGAGGCGGGUACGCGCGGCGUAGCGGCGGCGCCAGCGGCGCAGGCGGAGGCGGCGGCAGGGGCGCGCAGGGAAUCUCAGAGAUAGAGGAGAUUCAGCCGGUGCAGGAUCCGAUCCUGACACUGGCGCACGCGCAGCACUUGCAACAGCAACAGCAGCAGCAGCAACAGCAGCAACAACACGCGAUGCAGCAGGAGCGUGAGAGAUCGAGUGCGGGCUCUGCACAUGGGCCCGCAGUGACGGCAGUAACAGCAGGAGGAGCGGCAGCAGCAGCAGCAGCAGCAGCAAGCGCGGCUGUAGCAGCGCCACAAGCCAGGGUCUCCGCUCCGGGGAGCAUGCCAACAGACGCUCCGGAGGCAGGUCACGGGCACCGCAGCAGCAGCGGCGCCGGCGGCAGCAGCAGCAGCAGCAAUAAAGGGCUUGUGUCGUCGAUCAAGAAGGUGUUUGGGUUUGGAAAGAGCGGUCAGCGGUGACCAUGGCAACUGCUGAGCAGAUUACGGCGGGCAUGAGCUCUAUGUCCCGGUUGGGAAGGUGAUGAAUGGCGAACGCUGUCAAGUAUGGCGAAUGAAUCUAGUCGGUAUGCUGACACGAAGGGGCAAUGAGCGCGCAAACAUCAGUGCUGUGAGGUCGUGCUCGCAGGAUGCAAUGCAAGUAGUGUAUUGCCGGGUGCAGUGCUGAGCGCAGGGCAAUUGGAUGCGGUGGCGGCUUGCCAUGAGCGCACAUAAUGCAAGGUACAUACUCAACGAGCUUAUUCUAAACGAGCUUUAACACGCGGGUGCGUCACGUUGACCCGGUACUCAGUUUGUGGGGGUUGCUUGCACCACGCCAUUGCGGGUGAUGAUUUCAGGGUGAUCGUGUUGCAGAGCCACGCGAAUGAACAAAAAACCCCAGGACGGAUUUUCGUGGGUGCGUGCUAGAGGAUCUUUCAAUUCCAAUGUACAAUGGGGGGAAAGAUGGAGCUUGAUGCCCGACCCCCGGCUAUUGAGUGAUGAGUGGAGGCACGUGCAUGCCUGGGAUGGGGUCUGAGGUUUGGGUUUGGCUUGAUGUCUUGUUAUAUCAGCCAUGGAGUUAUGGGUUAGGACUGCCCCAGUGGGACUGCCCUCAUGCAGUUGAAUGUCAAAAAGGUAACUGUUGGCACCUAGGUGUGUUGCGUCCAGAAUAUGUGUGGUAGACUGCGGUCGGUGGUAGAAUUCUUCCUGCACAGUGGCAAGGAUGUCGCCUAUGCUCAAGUGUUGAUUGGUCAUGAGUGAAGCGGCCGGGUCAUAUCAAAGCAGGGGAGGUGUAUGAGAGGCACAACCCUUGGACGUUUGCAGGGGCUGGUAUGUUACUCUCAUUACUGGCCACUUGAUGGCGGCUUGGCCGGCGUUGAGAGGAAGUGAGUUUCCGCAUGCGGCCGCAAUGUGUCCUGUGGAUGCUGUGGCUUUUGGGACGGGAUGCAGCGGCACCGAUGCGGUGUGCGACCACGCCUGGUCGCCUGGAUUGGUUGCCCCGCAUACAACACCGGAACAACAGCUGGAUGUUAAGUAAUUGUGCGGGGCUAGGUGAAGCCAUGAAGGGGCAGAGCUGCGAGGGAAAUGACUCAAAUGAGGGUGUCACAUGAGUACCCUGUACCCAGCUAUCAUCUGGGAGGAUGCCAGGGUGCCGGCAACGAGUUGGCCGCUUGGGUAGCAAUGAGGACCUCCCCUGAGGAGGACCGGACCAGAAGGGCACAGGGACGUGCGACCUGCCUGACACGGUGUUUUGUGUAAGCGUGCAAGGCA